UUCUUCUUUCUUUAUUUUCUCUUCCAUUGAAGGAUUCUUAAAAGCUCUCUAAUUAAGGUCGACACUAAACCAUGGUAACUAGGAAGACGACGUCGAAGAGAUACUCGUUGGCAGCCGUCGCGUUGGUGAUAGUUAUAGUUGUAUAUGUUGCUACGUCUUCAGUCUUUGAUCGUCAACUGUUUCGUUCCUCAAGUUUCUCUCAAGUAGGUACAUUACAACAAACAAGGGAAUCAAGAAGAAUCAAGAAAACCCCACAAGAGAUGACUUCAUCAGCAACAAUUACAUGUGACCGAUCCCACACUAGUUACGACCUCUGCUCAAUCAACGGCUCCUGUAGUCUCGACACCAAAACCGGAACCUUAACUCUCAUAGACCCAACAACAUUCGCCACAUCAGCACCACCACAGCUUGUACUCCAAAAGAUAAAGCCAUAUCCAAGAAAAGCUGAGAGUUGGAUCAUGCCUAGGAUCAGAGAGCUUACGCUAACCUCAGGCCCAAUGGUCCUGACCCAAUCAUGUGACGUAACACAUGAUUACCCCGCAAUUGUGUUCAGCGCUGGAGGUUAUACCGGAAGUAUUUAUCACGAUUUCAUCGACGGUUUCAUUCCGCUUUUCAUCACGGCCAAUUCGGUAUACCCCGACCGCGAUUUCAUCGUCGUGGUAGUGAAUCCAAAGGAGUGGUGGAUGCCUAAAUACAUCGAUAUCCUAGGUGCGUUUAGCAAACACAAAACCAUAUUACUAGACAAUGAAAACGUUGCUACUACUCAUUGUUUCACUUCAGCCACCGUGGGCCUAAUUUCACAUGGGCCUAUGACAGUAGACCCGACCCAAAUACCCAACUCCAAAUCGUUAGUGGACUUCCAUAAUCUCCUAGACAAAGCCUUCUUCAACCCAAACCUACCUAUUACUAUCAAAACCCACAAGCCUCGUCUCAUAUUGGUCAGUAGAUAUGGCAGCAUUGGUAGAGUGAUCUUAAACGAGAAAGAGACCAAAGAGAUGCUUGAAGAUGUUGGUUUCGAGGUAAUAAUAUUCAAACCAUCGACAACGACGAGCUUGAGAGAAGCGUAUAAACUAAUAAAGUCGAGCCACGCGAUGGUCGGGGUUCACGGUGCAGCAUUAACCCACUUGUUGUUUCUUCGACCAGGUUCAGUAUUGGUUCAAGUUGUUCCAGUUGGGCUAGGUUGGGUGUCUAAAACAUGUUUCGAAUCACCGGCUAAGGCAAUGAAGUUGGAGUAUAUAGAGUAUGUCGUAAACGUGGGAGAGAGCAGUUUGAUAGAGAAGUUUAACAAAGAUGAUUUGGUUUUGAAAGAUCCUAUUGCUUAUAGAGGAAAAGAUUGGAAUGCGACUAAAAUGAACGUUUAUUUAAAAGAACAAGAUGUUAGAUUAGAUGUGAAUAGGUUUAGGAAACAUAUGAAUGAAGCAUACAAGAAAGCUAAAUUAUUUAUGGAUAUAAACGGUUGA